AUGCAGGCAGACUUUGAAGCCGAAGGCCAGAUGACAUUUCUUAAAGACCGAGAUAUUUCUCUCUCGUUACGCUUGGGUCAAAUCCGCACCGAUGUCCUGAUCUUGGAGCGGAAGAUUGAAAGCGAGACCCGCGGACGCGCCGCAGCCCAGAGACGCCGGGACGAGCUCAAACACGAACAGGAGGAGUUGGAGAAGUUGCGCGAGGAGAUCAAAAAAGUCUUGAAGACGGGGGAAGUCAACCGCGAGGUGGCUAUACUGGGGGCCGCUGAGAUCGAAGGCGAUAUUCUAGCAUUGCACAGGAUACGCGAUCGGGAUGAGAAGGAUCAGUGGAUUCGUCUGCGUUUGGAGAGGCAUGCCGAAGAGAUGAGGGAGUUGACAGGGCAGGCCGAGGAACUGUUCGGUCCGAACUGGGAGGAGCGCAUUGCUGAAAUGGAAGCAGGCGUUUGA